GUGCGUUAGCCAUUGUCGUCACUGAAAUUGUGUCCGUUCCGUUUAUUCUUCACCCGGCAUUUCGAUUUUAUUAAUACUUAUCUAAUAAAGUGUAAGAAUCAAUAGUUUGCAUUCCUUCGAGCGCAAUAUUAAAAUGUCUACUAACGGCAUUAAUAGCGCCGAAGAUGUCGAUACAAGCGAAUGUGACGGAGAAAAAGUUGUCACAAUGAUGGACGUGUUGCAAGAACAAGAGGAGUUCGAGGAAGACGCUAAUGCUGUCCUAGGAGCCUCCGACGACAAGAACUGCACCUAUACUAAGGGUUACAUCAAACGGCAAGCCAUCUAUGCUUGCCUUACUUGCUGUGAUGAAGCAAGAAGUGAUCCAUCAAAGAGAGCAGGGGUGUGCCUUGCUUGUAGUCUCACUUGCCAUGAGAAUCAUGAGCUGAUUGAACUCUACACAAAGAGGAACUUUCGUUGCGACUGUGGAAAUCCUAAAUUCAAUUCUAAUCCCUGCCAGUUCGUGUCUAGCAAAACAGAACUGAAUGAAGACAACAAAUACAAUCAAAAUUUCAGUGGCUUGUAUUGCACUUGCCACAGACCAUACCCUGACCCUGAGAAUCCAAUUGACGAUGAAAUGAUCCAGUGCAUUGUUUGUGAAGACUGGCUUCAUUCCGCUCACUUGGAAGCUGUCGUACCUACUAAUGAACAAUAUGCUGAAAUGAUUUGUAAGGAAUGCAUGGACAAAAAUGAUUUUUUACAUGAUUAUAGUGAUUUGGCAGUCAACACUGAGUCAACCGAGGUUGAUAUUGUAACUAGUAAUGGCACUGGUGUCACUACAACUGAUAUUAAUACUGAAUCUAAUAGAUCUGAAAAUCAGGUAUUAUUGAAUGGUACCACAGAAUCUUCAGAAACAAAUAAUGAUAAGGAAAAUAAGGAAGAAAUGGAUGUUGAUUCAUCAAUUAAAGAAACAACAGAAGAUAAAAUGGUUAGUGAAAAUGCAUCUGUAAAAGAAAGCAAUGCAGAAGUGAAUGAGGAAAAUGUUAAUGAAAAAGAAGAAGAAAGUUCUGAUAGAACUCAAGAGAGCACAUAUAAACCAAAGGAAACUGGUUUGGAAGCUAGUAAUAUUGAUGAAACAAUGACUUCAGGUACAGACAACACUGAAAAACUUGAUGAAAUUAAUACAGGUGCAGAUCCAAAUUCAACUGAACUACCCAAACCUGACACAGUACAAGCUAGUGAUGAUAAACUUUCAGGUAAUGAAUCUAUUGACAAAGUAUCUGAUAAUGUUAACAGUGAAAGUAAUGAGCCAGAAAGUACUAGUAAUACUCUUAAUGUGAAUUUGAAUGAGUCCUCCAAUUUAGCUUCAGAAUCAGAAAAAGAUAAUGAACAGUUAGAAGAAGUUACACCUGAAAAUGUAACAGAAACUGAGGAGGUUGAUAAGAGUAAUACAGAUUCUGAAAACAAAGAACUUGACAGUAAAGAAACAGAAGAGCUGGUAUCAAAUAACAGUGAAGAUGAAAACGGCCAUACUAACGAUAGUCACACAAACGAAAAUAUUGAAAUGGAAACUUGUGAAAACAAGGCUGAAUCACCCGAAAAAGCAGUAUUAGAUUCUGUAGAUGAAUCAAAAUUAAAUUCUGUAGAUGAAUCAAAAUUAGAUUCUGUGGAAGAAUCAAAAUCAGAUUCUGUAGAAGAAUCAAAAUCAGAUUCUGUAGAAGAAUCAAAAUUAGAUUCUACUGAUGACUCUAAAUUAAAUUCUGUAGAAGAACCAACAUUGGAUUCUGUUGAUAAGUCAAAAAUAAAUUCUAUCAACGAAACUAUAGAUGAAUCUAAUAAAGUUAAUGAUAAUGAAGAAAAUAUGGAAAGCACUGAACCUACUUCCACUGAGAAUGAGGAUAUUGAAAUGAAGGAUGACAAUGUUUCAGACAAAGUAGAAAACAACUCAAUGUCAAUGCCUUUAGAAAGUGAAGUUGCCACUCAUAAGGAAGAUGAGUCUGAAUCUGCAGCUGUUGAAAGCAUUAAUGUGGGUGAAGCAGAAUCUUUGUCAACUAAAAAUGAAGAUGAAAUAAAAUCUGUUCCCACUGCUCAAAGUGGAACAGAGUCAGUAGUUGAUGAAAACGGAACUGGGUCUGCACCAGUAGAAAAUGAAGUCACACUAAACACUGGUGAUCAGUCCUCAGACAAAAUUGACCAAAACCUAGAAGAUUCAGAAGUCUUACCAAAUAUACAAGAAAAUAAGAGAAAGCUCUCAACUGAACAGUCUGAUACAGAAGCUAACAUGCCUAAAAAAGCAAAAUUAGAGGAAUCUAAACAAUGUGUAAAACCCAAACACAUAGAGAGAAGAUUUAAGGGCGCAACAUUUUGGCCAUCUAACUUCCGCCAAAAGCUAUGCACUUGUAAUGAAUGCAUAUCUAUGUACAAAGAUCUUUCAGUGUUGUUUUUAAUUGACCCAGAGGAUACAGUCACUGCUUAUGAAACAUUAGGUAAAGAAAAGAUCAAUGGGACUCCUGCAUCUCAAUAUGAGAAAGGACUUGAAGCAUUAUCGUCAUUGGAUAGGAUACAACAAAUAAAUGCCUUGACUGAAUACAACAAAAUGAGAGACAAAUUGUUAGAUUUCCUGAAGAGUUUCAAAGAUCGUAAAGAAGUUGUGAAAGAAGAAGACAUAAAAGCAUUCUUUGCAGGAAUGAAACCCAAACGGGAACCAGACGGCGUAUAUUUCUGCCGAUAACUUUUAUAUUAUAAGGACGUUUUAUAUUAUUCAGUUACUGACUGCAUUCCCUUUUUUAUUGAUUAAUGACCUUCUGUUUGAAGUACUACAAUUAAUAUUAGUGUCUCAUUAAAAUGUUUUCAUUCAUACCUAC